AUACAAAGUGUUGCAGUGACAAUGACUAGUUGAAAAUCAACAUGUAUCACCUUUGAUGAGUGUGUGAUGUUGAGGAUAAAAAGCAGCAGGUAGCUGACACUGUAUAAAUCUGCACUGCACUGCUGACAUGUGUCUCUGUGCUUUCAUUCUGACGUUUUGGCCAAGUAGUUGUCCACACAGCAGACAUCAAAGCUACUAUAAUUCUUCAAAUCUUAUUAAUGGAGCAAUCAUUUCCAAAAUGACCACCAACACACUUACUAGAGGGCUUGAAUUUAGCGUAGGAGACCAUGACUUAGUAUUUCUGAAUUGAGGCUUUUGGAAUGGGAGUCAGUUGGAGCAUCUAGUGGUUGUCAGUGGUAUUGCACUUUAUGGUACUUCCACAUUAGCUUCAGCCUUAAGUUGUUGUAGUUGCUGCUUGUUGUUGACACAAGCCCUAAACACUGAUCCCUCAUGGAUGUUGAUAUCGCCUCCCUAGUUAGCAUAAGUUCUCAGAGGGAGGAAGUGUUAGUUUAUGUCCUGCGAUGUCUGCUCAUCCUCGCCCUUGUUGCAACCUUCUUCUACCUCAACAGUUCAGGGGUUGUUGCAGCAUGAUGUGCCUGUCCACCUGGAAGACCAUGAGAACCAGAGAGGGAGGAGAAUCUCUGCACACCUGGCAGAUGGUGCGAGGAGGCCUGAAGCCCACAGCAAGUGUCCCUGCUGCAGGGAUGACUAGGUUCUGUCAGGAGCUGCAACCCAAACCUUCGCCUCCACCUGCAGGUUCUGUCAGACUGCUGCCACUAUUUGUCUUUUACUGCAGACUUCAACCACAUGCAGCUCCCACUCCCACCUACAACCUUUGGCACAAAUCCUAGUGCAAUCUGCUUUCUCAGCAAUGAAGACCAGCACCAUGAAGACCAAGACCAGCACUGUGAAGACCAAGACCAGCACCAUGAAGACCAGCACCAUGUAGCUUUAUUCUUCACAAAUUUCACCCCUGUUGUUUUCUAUUUCAGGUCCUCUUGUUGAUUUGGGCAUCUUCCUGUCAACUUUUUCUCCUGCAGUAAAGUUUCUCACUCUGCUUUAUGUGAUAUCACAUGUCUUUCUCAGGACAAACCUGUCCUGUAAUUGGUUAUCGUCAAUGGAUUUGCCAAAGCAUCAUCAAACAGACCCGAAACUGUGUUAGAAGGCCAUGAAGAAACAGAGGAAAGAUGAGGACACUGAAGAAAAGAUGAUGCCCAGUAUGUAUCUGUUGUGUGUGUGUGUUCAUGUGUGAGCGUAUGCUGGGAGGGACUUGCAACAGAUGUGAAGAGAUGAGUGUCAGUCGUCAGAGGUGAAUCAUUGUGGAAAGAUGAAGCUUCUACUGAGCUGUCUGCUUCUGGCUUCGCUCUGUGAUCUUUCAUCUUGGAGUGUUUCAUCAACAGGCACACUUGAUGUGACCCAGACUGCUGAUGUCUCUGUCGUGGAGGGGGAGACGGUAAACAUCACCUGCUGCUGGACAGGGACGUUUGGAAGAGUGGGAGUGUACUGGCUGAAAAACCAAAGAGAAAUAAAGAAUAAAAUUAGAAUCAUAUCAACAAAUACAUCUCAAGGAUGUCAGCAGAAGGAGACCUGUAACUGUUCAACCUUGACCUUUACAAAUAUCACAAGAGAGGAUGAAGGGAAAUACUACUGCAAAGUGUCUGUAGAGAUACCAUUUUUAACUGUGGUUAAAGGAAAUGGUACUGUCAUCACAGUUAAGGACAGAGACAACAUAAAGGACAAAACAGAAGAAGAGAGUUUUUCAUCUUCUACCGGCAAUCCACUUCCCCUGAUCAUUACCCUGGCUGUAGUGGCUCCAAUACUGCUCCUCACUCUCGUGUGUGUCUGCAUCCAAGCGAUAGCAGCCAGGGUGAUCUACGAGGUUCCGCACAUUGACUCUGAGGUGGCAGACAUGGACAAACACAGCACCAGCUCCUCCAGUGGCUCCUUUCAGUGGUGUCAGGUGCCAGUGUAUGAAUCCUUCGAUUACCUUGAACACACAGAGAGUAAACAAAGUUCACAGACUGAUCUGAGGCAGAGGGACUCCAUCAAGCCUCUGAACUUAAUCGCUACAGCAGUGAACUCUUCAUCAGAUGUUAGAGGAGCCUGA